CGACAGUAUGACAAUGCUGUCACAUGUGGCCUUGUGUGGACUACCAAUUUUGUGGCAUACCGGUGCCGCACGUGCGGGGUAUCGCCAUGCAUGUCGCUCUGUGCCGACUGCUUUCAAGCCGGGAACCACGAGGGCCACGAUUUCAACAUGUUCCGCAGUCAGGCGGGAGGGGCAUGCGACUGCGGAGAAGUCAGUGUGAUGAAUCCUGCAGGGUUCUGUCCGAGACAUGGUCCUGACAGACAGCACACCCAGCCCCAGCCCCCCGGGGAUCUCCUGGCAGUGGCUGAGACCAUGAUGCCCAGGAUAAUACUGCGCCUAAUCUACCACCUGAGAGACAACUCAAAACCUGAAAUGACAGACACAUACCUGUUGGCCAUGCAGGAUGCCGAGCAGUUCCUUUCAUUCCUGCACAGCCUCAGUGACAUGGGGGCGGCCAUGAGAAGGGUGAUGGCCCGAGCUCUCACUGACCCAGAGCUGUACUCACAUCUCAUCAACCAGCACAUUUCAGGUGAAGCAGAGGCGUCUAACAGUUUCUACAUGAAGAGCAAGCGGGACUAUGAGGCUGCCGUGGAUUCCCUCCAGUAUCCUCGAGGAUUUGAUGAGCUGGACGAUAUACCUGGAUUGAACCAGAAGCUCGUCCACAAGACGUUCCUGGAGGAGCUUGUAUUCUGGACGGUGAAAUUUGAAUUUCCUCAGAAGAUCGUGACCCUCCUGUUGAGUCUGCUGCCAGAUCUUAGAUACAAAGAAGCAUUCACCCGAGCUUUCAUCCAGCACUACAGCCGGAUAUCACGCGUGCUAGUAAAGGCGCUGGACCGCCAGACAGUGGCCAAUCGAGUGGUCCACAUCAGUGUUCAGCUGUUCUCCACGGAGACCCUGGCGUGUCAGAUGGUCCAGGAGUACAACCUCCUAUACGUGCUUAUUGUCAGCCUGAAGAACAUGAUGGAGCAGAUACUUACUGACAGCACGCUUCAAGACUUACAUCAGAACUUCCACCAAGUGGUGGACUGCAGCCACGAGUCAAUGAAGGACCACUGCUAUUGGCCCAUCAUCAGUGACCUGAUUAACCUACUGUCACACGAGGACAUCGCGUACAAGUUCCUUUCUGAUAUGAAGCUCGUAACGAUGUGGCUCGACUUUCUGUCAUAUUUUCAAGGAAUGAAUCUGAACACCCGAGAGCUACACCAGCACGUAGAGUUCGAGCCAGACACCUACUACGCUGCCUUCUCUGCUGAGCUGGAGAUCUCUGCCUCACCCAUGUGGUCUCUGAUAUCCCAUCUCAGACGAGAGAACUCGUACUAUGUGACGAAAAACAUGAUACAGGCCUGUCAGGAAUCACUUCAAGACUGGUUUGAUGCCAUCUCAUGCAAGGAGUCUACCAAUCCCAACCCCCUGCAGUUGACGUUCCACCUGCCCCUCCAUCGCUACCUGGCCACGUUCAUGGUGCAGGCUGUCCAGUAUCAGCAUCAGGAUCUUCUGGCAGUAGUACCUCCAGAACGCAUGCUCAAGACUUUGCUCAUUCACGUUCUGCAGAUACAGGUAGCCACAGCUGAGAUCUACAGCAACAUGUGGGUGCGUAACGGCCUCCAGAUCAAAGGUCAACCCAUGACCUACGUCCAGUGCCACUUCUGCUACUCAAUGGUGGACGCUGACAUUUACCUUAUGCAGGUGUGUGCUUGUAGACUGGAUCCAGACUAUUUCGUUCAGACUGUGAUAGACAGGUUUCACAUUAGUGACUGGUUGUCAUUCAAUCCAGAACCUGGGGCCAGGAUCUACAAAAUGGAAAAGGAACAAGAAUUGGCCAUUGUUGAGGGUGUUUUGCAAUUUUUCACCAUGCUGCUGCAUAUACGGACAUAUUUAGGCAUGGAAGACAAGGAGCUGACACGUCUAGAGAUGGCCACCUUGCUGUUUGUGGCCGACCGCCAGCACAGCCAGCUCAUGGACCUGAUGCCUGAGAAAUCGGGGAUGACAGGGCACGGGAAGGACCUGUUCGAGCCCACGCUCAAGGAUAUCUCCUAUUUCAAGGCGCCCAAUUUCGAGCCCGGGGGAGGACUGCAGCAGGGGACCUAUGUUCCGAAAGAUGAGCUUUGGGAGACAGAGUUUGAUCCGGUGCACGUCUUGUUGAGAUCCGUAUACAAGAAUGACUUCCAGUCAGCUAUGGACAGAUACACAGAGUUUUUACGAAGGAAGGGUAAUUUCAAGGGCAAGGGCCAGCCCUGGCCCCCUUUUAAAGCCCCUGGAAAGAUUCAGGAAUGCUACCGAGCCAUGUACAGGAUCCUUCACUGCAAAACCAUGCACUCUCUCAUCUUUACCGUCCUUCAAAAGGUAUUGAAAGACAGCAGUUUGCCGGAGAGUUUCAGCUUUUACGCUGUUCAUCUUCUCGAGUUGGCAAUCACCGUACCGAACCCUGAUGGUUCUAAAAGAGUCAAACCGUCUCCGGCAAGGGUGCCAGACAAGAGUUACCGAGACUGGUUCUCUGGCAAUGACAUCCUGGAGAACGUAAAGCAGACGAUACGUGAGGUGGAGGUAUCCCUGAGCGUAGAGAGGGAAGGGUCGCCACGUCUGUCCCUGGACACAUCAUUCGAAUCUUUUGAAGAGAUGUUCCAGUUGGCUCCUAGCGCUUUAGCAGGCCCAAGUGGUCCUAUCACAGCAGCCCACACUGGACACAUCCCAUCAUUCCAUCUGUCACCCUUGACAACGACCUCAGGUAACCCCCAGCCAAGUAUUCUCACCGUCCUCCCGUCCACCAGCGGAACACGUCCCAAGUUCGAGACCCGGGGCGUGACCACAGAACGACAGAGAACAAAAAUUGUCGCUAUCAACGAAAGCCUUAUUACUAUUUUGUAUAAGCUCCAUUCGAAACUGUCGGGAAAGUCGAAUUCGUAUGCGCCGCCGUCUGUGUGUGGAAAUGGCACUGGGAUGGAGAAUGGAGGAAAUGGGGAGUUUUAUGUUAAGAAAAUCCUUGAUAAGCUAUGUCAGAGCAGCACGGAUUGCGCCAGAGCGGUAGAAGACCUCUAUCAAGCCAAUAAACCCAAAGAGGCUGGAACCUCAAAGAAAGGAAAGUCUAUGGACACUGAAACUAGACGUAAAAAGGCAAGAGAGCGUCAACAGAAGUUGAUGGAAGAGUUCGCAUCCAAACAGAAGGCAUUUAUGGAGCAGGCAAUGGAGACUGAAGAUUCCUCAACAACGGGUGCCUCAAAAAGUCCAAACAGCCCGGAUGGCAGUGGACAUCCAGAGAGUAUGGAAUCAGACGAGACGUUGUACGACUGUGUGAUAUGUAACCAGAGUACGCCGUCCACUGCAGAGAGGACCAUAGGACUUGUCGUCUUUCUGCAAGCUUCCAGUGUACUAGGCCACAGAACACAGACGGACACCCGUAAGGUUCUCACCCUGGUUGACAAGACUCGACAGAGGAUCGUCAACUGCUCCCGGGUGCAGACGGAGAGGUUGGAAAAGCUCUUCAGAAACUUUGAGGAGAGCUCCUGUCAGACGUCUGUAAACAUAGGCUGGGACGGGGGUGUGCUGGUACAGACCUGUGGUCACUAUCUACACCUCGACUGCCACACUUCGUACGUCUCCUCAUUGCUGGGUCAGGGAGCCCACGCCAAUCUGCUGGUGUCUAAGGGAGAAUACUCCUGUCCACUGUGUGUGCAGCUCUCCAACUCUGUGAUACCCAUCAUUCCCGAGGAGAGCAAGUACUCCAUCACGCGGCCCGUCUCGCGCGACUCCCGCCAGAUGGCGCUGGACAUUGCCAGCAUGAUGAUCAAGAGGCCCAUUACUCCAGUAAUUGUGAGGUCACCGUUGGUUACCAAGGCGAUGGGCAGCAUGAUGGAGGACCUCACCAAUGCCACCUACGGGAUGUACAAGACCUACACCAGCUCACAGACCUCUGAGAGCGUGCUGCUCUUUGUUUGCUCAGUUGCAAGGACGAAUCUGGAGUUGGAACUGUUGCAGAGAAAGGGGGAUUUGAGUCAGCCAUUGCCAACUUCAAGAAAACACUGCUUUUUGCCGUUACUCCAUGUACUGAGUAUGCACAGUAAGAUACUGACCACCAAGCCGUACACGGAUCUGUGGUCUCACAUCACCGGGGUCUCCUGCUCAGAAAAUACUACCAGUGUCUCUCUGUACCAGAAAGAGGUCCCACUGUUGCUCAAAGAUCCUGUCUCACUGCUGAUACAGAUUAUUUUGACACUGCCAGCAACCAUUGAAAGAGGUCACUUUGAUUUCGUGGUACAGGUAGUGUACAACAUGGUCUUCAUUCAGUCCCUGUGUGUGAUGACGUGCAAGUUUACUGAGGAAGAGAGGGAGGCAUGGAAAAAGGGUAGACAUGUGGCAUUCAACACACUAGAGGGAAUGCUAAGUCAUGUGAUCACCCGUCUUGCAACGAGUUUCCUGUACGAGAAGGAAGACACUGACCUUCUUGCGAUCUGCCAGUCUGUGUGGUCGCCCCUGAGUGUUGAGUCCUCAGUGCAGGAGUUGUGUGAACCAUUCCUCCGCAUGACUGCUCUCAUCAAGUUCCACAUCUUCCACGACGAGUUUCCAAAACGAGGGGUCCUGAGUGAUUUCCAGUACCUCAGCAGCUAUCUCCGUCUGAACGUGAAGCGUGACGCGACUGUGAUAGAGCCCAGCAAGCUCACGUCCGCCGCGCAGUGUGUGGACUGGCUGGUGGAGGAGGCUCACACACUCACCAGGGCCUGGUGCACCGACCUCAUCAACUUUGCCAACAAGAACCCCCAGGAUGGACGGACACUUCUGACAGUAAACACCCAGUGGUUUGGUCCACACCUUAUUCAGCUGCCUGAUCAGUACUACAAGAUCUUCCAGGCGUACCGUAAGAAGCAGUGUCCGGUGUGCAGCAACCCGCCCAAGGACCCAUGUGUGUGUCUCGUCUGUGGAAUGUUCCGCUGCUUCCGGGGGGCCUGCUGCAAACAGCAGCACUCAUACGAGUGUGUCCAGCACUCGGUGGAAUGUGGAGCCGGGACUGGUAUCUUCCUGCUCAUCAAUUCCAGCAUCAUUGUCGUGAUCCGUGGACCCCGCGCCGCCCUCUGGGGGUCUGUCUACCUUGACGAGUAUGGAGAGGAGGAUAAGGAUCUCAAACGUGGAAAGCCACUUUACCUGAGCAAUGACCGCUACUCACUGCUUGAGGCGCAGUGGAUUUCACACAGCUUUGAUCAUGCCUGUAAACGGUGGAUCUGGCAUCAGGAUAGACUGUAGACUGUGAACUAGAGAUUAGGAUGGACUGUGAUUAAAAAAUGAUCUUUUGUCAGGUUUGAUUUUGAACUGACAUAACAAUAGUCUGUGAUCUGACAUCAGGAUUGAAAUAAUGAGCCUCAUGCUAAAAAAAAAACUGAGCUGAACACAUAUGCAUAAAGUGUCAUCCCACACUAGCCUGUGCAGUCGGUACAGUCUUAAUCAGGGACGACACUUUCCGCUUUUAUAGAAUUUUUCGUUAAAAGGGGGUCUCUUUUAAAUCUAGAUUAGGCAGCAAAUGUUGUCCCUGAUUAUUCUGUAAGGACUGCACAUGCUAAUAGAUGAUGACAUUUUAAGCAUUGGUUUUAAGUCUGUUCUUUAAGAAUGGGUUUGUGGAUUUGGGUCAUGAUAGACUGUGAUCUAACAUCAAGAUAGAAUCCGAUCUGGCAUCAGAAUACAAUGGUUUCUUCAAAUAGGAUAGACAAAUCUGCCAUCAGAAUGCACUGUUAUCAAGCUCAAGGAUGGACUGGUAUCUGGCAUUUGGAUAUACUUUUUUGCAUUUGGAUCUGGGAGCAUGAUAUUCUUGGAUGGACAUUUCAAGCAAACAUACAUAGUAUACCAGCAUUUUAAAUAAAUGUUAACAAAGUUAAAGAACAGAUUUAAAUAGAAUGUAUGUCCAGUGUUUUCAUAGAGUUGAUAUCAUUGUUUGUUAGUUAUAAUUAUCUGGGCUUGUAUUCACCAAACAGUUCUUAGACUGAAGUCUAAGAAUAACGAAUAUUCUUUAAAUUGGAAUAUUCAAGAAUUGCUUUAAUUUGAGUCAAACUUGGUAUGUACACCUUCUAUCUAUAUCAUUCUUUAUGUAGAAUAUUUUGUUCAUGGCAUAAUCAUCAAUCAUCAGUUGAAGCCUGGAUCCAUUUUUAGCUCCGCUGUUUUCGGAGAAAACCUGAGGUUUUGUCAUAGCCAGCUCGUCUUGUCCGCCGUCCGUGUCAAGGUUUGUAAAGGUUUUUAACAUUGGCUCUAAAAUCAAAGUCCUUCCACCUACAACUUUGAAACUUCAUAUUUAGAUGCACCUUGAUGAGUUCUUCACGCCACACCCAUUUUUGGGUCACUAGGUCAAGGUCACUGUGACCUUAAAAAAAAUAAAAAAAUUCUGACAAGCUUUCGCAGCCGAGUGUGGCACCCGAUAUGCGGUGCUCUUGUUCUUGCUUCUAUGUCUAUUCUUUAUUCUUAAGUCUAAGAAUGGGUUGGUGAAUCCAGGCUCCUGGUAUAACACAAGUUUUCUGUAAGUGAUCUAUUUAUCAGAUGGAAUUUUGUGAAUUGCGUUAUAGGUUUGAAUCAUGACACCAUAAAUGUACCCCAUGGUUGUUAAAAGUUGUUUUUGCUUUACUUUUGUACUAAUUAUUAAUACUUUUGAAAUUGAGUUCCUUUUUAAAAAUGUGUGUGGCCUUAUUAUUUUUCAAACAUGACUGUGCUAUCACUAAAAAACUAAAGCCUAGUUAACUCUUUCAGUGCUGGAACCAAAUUUUGAAGGCCUUUGCAAACAGUUUGGAUCCAGAUGAAACGUGGCGUCUCAUCAGGAUCCAAACUGUUUACUAUUCUGAUAGUAGUCUUGAAAAAAAUCAAAGAAAAUGCCAUUUUAGCAGUCGACAAUUUUCCCAGCAUGCAAAGGGUUAAAAUAUGUGUGGCCUCUUCAUGGGUGUCCUAUUGAGUGUUUUGAAACAACAUAAAUAUCUUGUCUUUACAAAUCAUCUUUUUUGUCACGAACUGGAAAUAGUUUCUUUUAAAAUCGAGUUCCUUUUGUGAAAUGAGCUUUGCCAGAUUAUUUUUCAAAUAUGACUGUGCUAUCAUUAGAAAACUGAAGCCUAGUUUAACCCUUUCACACUUAGAAGCAAAAAUGCCUAUGUGCAAAUAGCAUAAAACCAGAACAGCCUGCGAGUAACUCGCAGUCUGUUCAGGUUUUACGCUGUUUGCUGCUCAUCACUAUGUAAGGUUUGGAGAUGAUGCCUUAAAAACGUGAAUCUAGUGUGAAAGGUCUUAAAUUAACUUAUCUUUCUUAGUGACUGCAAAUACAUGAAAAUACGUUUCUAAGUGGUAAAGGGUUAAGUAAAUUCUGGUUCCUCCACGGAUAUUCUUCUGAGUGGUUUAUAAUGCAGCAUAAUUAUCUUAUCUAUACAUAUCAUCUUAAUCUUACAGGGUAGUUAUAAUAUCAUUUUAUAUGGUACUUU